AUGUUGGCAGGACCCAAGCUGCAGCGAGACAUUUUUGACAUUUUAGCACGGUUUCGACGAGGUCCAGUGGGGCUGAUUGGAGAUAUCAAGGAGAUGUUCAGCCAGGUGAUGUUGAACCCUAAGGAUCGGGCGUAUCAUCGAAAUUUAUGGAGAGAUUUGGACUUGACAGCUCCCAUCAAGAUCUACGAGUCAACUCGAGUGACUUUCGGAGACAAGGCGUCUCCUUUUUUGGCCCAGUAUGUCCUGCAGAGUCACGCACGAACUCAUCAUGAUCAGUACCCAGAGGGAGCCAGAGUGUGUCAGGAGAAUACUUAUAUGGAUGACGCCAUUGACUCUCAACCAGACACUGCUGCCACUAUCAAGUUGAGAUGUGAGCUGAGCGCCCUUUUGCUUAAGGCAGGGUUUUUCAUCCGCCGUUGGUGUAGUAAUGAGUCAGGAGUAUUGGAGGGUGUACCCCGUGAGGACUGUGCAGCAGGCAUUGUGGACUUGCAGGACUCCACUUUGAUGCCGAGCGUUAAGACACUGGGAAUCAAGUGGAACGCAGCGACAGAUAUGUUAGAGUUCUCCACCCAAAACAUCGCGCCACCGGCAGUAAUGACUAAGAGAACACUCUUGAGUCGUGUUGCUACGUUGUUCGACCCUUUGCAAUGGCUGUCACCCUUCACCAUUCGUGUCAAGAUCGUUCUUCAGCAGUCAUGGGUGCUUGGACUGACGUGGGAUGAGCCCCUUCCCUCAGGAAUGAUUGCUGAAGCCAGAGAUUGGUUUGCUGAGCUGAAGAAGAUCGAAGGCAUCUCAAUACCGAGGUGCUACUUCCGCACACAGCCUGACAGCGAGAUUACUCUUCAUACCUUCAGUGAUGCCUCUUCAAAAGCAUAUGCCGCCGUCACGUACAUCCGUCAGCAGAAGGCAGAUGGCGGGGUGAACCUUGCGUUGGUGGCGUCAAAGGCUAGGGUCGCUCCAUUGAAGACAGUGAGCAUCCCAAGACUGGAAUUAAUGGCAGCUGUUCUCGGUCAUCGUCUCACCCAGAAGAUAACCACCGUUUUGAAGUAUUCUAUGAUGAACGUGACGUAUUGGACUGACAGUAUGGAUGUGGUGCACUGGGUUCGCAGCCAGUCACGUCAGUUCAAAACAUUUGUAGCCAACAGAGUAUCAGACUUGCAAUCCGAUACCCUACCGAGUCAAUGGCGGUUCGUACCUGGAGUGUUGAACCCGGCAGACGUAGCGACCAGGGGCAUGACAGCAAGGGAGUUCACUUCCAAGAAUGUAUGGUUUGACGGACCCGACUUUUUGUAUGCGGAUGAGGAUUGUUGGCCGGAAACCCCAAUGGGAACCAAGAGUGCAGAGGCGGGAUGGGAACCAAGAGGCAGAUUCUUCAAGCACAAUAUCACGGGAGGGCAUUUGUCGCGGGCGUCAAUGAUGCACCUUUCAACGCCCCGGGACCCUCGGACUUUGGGCCUCGUAUUUCGGGCGUUGAAAGGGACAUUAUACCUACUACUGUCCUACUCCUUGUUGAUCGUCUAA